AUGUCUGAGAAACCUACAAGUGCCGAAAAGCCUCCAGAGAGCCCGACUACGGCGCGUGAGCUAGACUUUGACGACGACGACGCCCCGGCUUCUGCAACGACUCAAGAACAUGCUACAGCGCCCCCGCCCGUCUCCAAGUCGCCCAAGCCCGGUGUGCGCUUCAGCGAAGAAGCUACGGAAAUCCCACCCCAGAAGCCCCCGCGACCUGUCGACCCCCAAGUACAGGCGCAAAACACGUUGAUUGAAGCCUUCCCCGGCAUCGAUACCAAUGUUAUCAAGGCAGUCUUGGUCGCUAGCGGUGGCAAGGUCGAGCCUGCUUUCAAUGCGCUACUGAGCAUGUCGGAUCCUAACUUCAAGGCCGAGGAAACUCCUCCACCGCAACCACCACGCCCACAGCCCCGUAGCCAACUCGAGCAGGACGAGAUUUAUGCGCGACAGCUGGCCCAGCACUACCAGACCCAGGGUGGUGCAGGGGGUCAGGGGCAGCGUGGACAAGGUCAAGGCCAACGACAACAACCUGGCACCCGACCUGGCGAGCCUGAGCGAGAGCAUAGCUUCUUUGACGACGACCUUCCCGAGAUUCGCAAGAACAUCGAGCAGGGCUUCAAGGAGACACAGCAGACGGUCACCAAGUGGAUCAGCAAUUUCACCAAGAAGCUCGAUGGCGAGAUUGAGGAGUACGACAGGUACGGCAACCCGCAGUACACGGGUCGGACAGGUCCUCCAGCGCGACAGAACUUCGGCCCGUCGCAGUCUGAGCAGAUGCACGGCAUUCGGAAGUCAGCUGAGCAGCGACGGUCGGCAGACCACAACCGGUACGACGCAGACAACAGGGUCAUUGGUGACGACUUUGCGAAGCUGGAGCUAAAGGACCACGAGGUGCCCCAGCGCUCAUCAAGUCGCCCGAAUGCGAACCCCGACCUCUUCAAGCCCACGCCAGUAUCGCCUCCCCAAAGUGGCCCCGUUGACGAAGUCGAUGCACUUUACCGCAACCCAUCGCCGAACAACCAGGGUAGCCAAGGAAAGUCGGGCGGCAAGAAGUGGCAGCCAUUGACAUCGGUAGCACCCCACCCUGAGGUCGAUGACCACGAUCCCUUUAGUCUGGGCGACAGCGACGACGAGGAAAAAGAUGCAAAGAAGCAAGACACAAAUCCCGAAGAUACAGAGAGGCUGAAAAACGCUGCGCAGAACAGUGAAGCCCCUGCGGCAGGAAAGCUGAAGCCCGCUGAGCGGAGCGGCAGUGUUGGUCAAAAGGACGCUGCUAUGGAGGCGCUGCUGAAAGAAGCUAAAUGA